GCAUUGAGAAUGUGGCCGCUCCUUUCAACCUCAACCUCAUCAUGGCCUCCGCUGGUCUGCAAAUCCUGGGGAUCGUCCUGACGUUGCUUGGCUGGGUGAAUGCUCUCGUGUCCUGCGCCCUGCCGCUGUGGAAGGUGACCGCCUUCAUCGGCAACAGCAUUGUGGUGGCCCAGGUGAUAUGGGAGGGGCUGUGGAUGUCCUGCGUGGUGCAGAGCACAGGCCAGAUGCAGUGCAAGGUCUACGACUCGAUGCUGGCGCUGCCCCAGGACCUGCAGGCUGCCCGAGCCCUCUGCGUCAUCACCCUCCUCAUCACCCUGGUGGGUCUGCUGGUCUACCUCGGUGGGGCCAAGUGCACCACCUGUGUGGAGGACACGGACUCCAAGGCCCGCCUGGUGCUCACCUCUGGGAUCAUCUUUGUCAUCUCAGGGGUCCUGACCCUAAUCCCCAUCUGCUGGACGGCCCACGCCAUCAUCCAGGACUUCUACAACCCCCUCGUGGCAGAGCCCCAAAAGCGGGAGCUGGGGGCCUCCCUCUACCUGGGCUGGGCGGCUUCUGGUCUUUUGUUGCUGGGUGGGGGGCUCCUGUGCUACACCUGCCCCUCUGGGGGGUCCCGGGGCUCCAGCCAUUACCUGGCCCGAUACUCAGCGUCUGCCCCACGAGCCAUCUCUCAAGGGCCCUCUGAAUACCCCACCAAGAAUUACGUCUGAUGGGUAGGAGGAUGGGGGCUCCCUUGACCACGGAGCUUAACCCCUGAGCUGGAGUCGUCAGAAUGCAUGACAGUUUCUGGGUUGCUUGUAUCUUGUUUUUCCUUUUUAUUGGGCAAGGGGGUAUUUUUCCUUUGAGCCAUUUGUUAAGCACCAAACCAAGAGGAAAUUCAGUCUCUCACCUGGGCUCUGCUGCU